UUUCAGCGGUGGCUCUGAAUGCCAAAGAGAAUCGAUAAAUAUAUUCGGAACAUGAAGCACUUCUGAGCUUAGUUGCCUCUUUCUUCGCUUCACCCCAAGCCGUCGAGUCUGUAAAGAAACUCUACAGGAGAACAGUGCCACAGAGAACCUGGACAGAAACCCACUCGGUCACGGACACGGUCAACUCAGUGGCUCAGCUAUCAUAAUGCCUUUCAAAGAUUCGAGUCCGCCACAGCGGCUUUUUGUCCAGAUGUCAGGAGCCCCGGGCGCAGGCAAAAGCACCACAGCGAAUCUCCUAGUCCAGCCUUUUGAUGCCGUCAUCCUCGAUCUUGACGUUAUCAAGUCCUCUCUCCUCGACAAUGGGGUUCCAUUUGAGCAGGCCGCAAAGCUAGCUUACUCGACGCUCUGGGCGCUCGCCGGCAGCAUGCUCAAACAAGGCCGCAACCUCAUUGUGGACUGCACCUGCAAUUAUGAAGAAGUCAUCACUUGUGGAACGGCCUUGGCGAAAGCGGCUAACUUUGAGUACUGGUACAUCGAGUGCAGACCUCAAGUUGACAUUGAUGUGCUGGACCAAAGGUUGCAGACGAGAGUAGCGAUGAGAAGCCAGCGCACGGGGGUACGCAGUCCUCCUGUUGACACUCCUGUUGACAAUGAUAUAUCCCGAGGAUACGAGGAACAGGAGGCCUUGUUUCGAAGGUGGAUCGGAAACCCGUAUAGACCCGAUAAGAAUGUGAUUGUCGUCGAUACAUCGAAAGACCCAGAUGAGUGCCGAGAGCAGGUCUUGAGCGCAAUCGAAGUAUGACCAGACCCAAGGAGUCGGGGAGAACCAGGGUGGACUUAGAUUUUAGGUGACAGGAAGCUGACCCUAGCGAGUGGACAAGAUUAGUUGCAAAUUCAGGUUGGAUGAAUCCUUGCUCCAUUUACUUA